GCAGGCUUCUUCGUAAACAACGCACUUCAGCUGCCGAUGACCUGAUCGUUGUUCGAAGACGUUUUAAGAAAAUGCCGAGAUCUUACUGCGUGGUUGACUUCUGCAACUCGAAUCCAUACGAAGGCACACUGAUUCACAGGUUCCCCGCCGAUAGCCGUCAACGACAGCACUGGAUCGAUUUCGUGCGCGCCACGGGACGCGAAGAUUGGGUUCCAAAGAAAACCUCUCGCAUUUGUUCACUUCAUUUCGAGCCAUCGUGCUACAUGACAGUUCCCGAGUUCUUGCCAAUUGGUGUGUCGCGAAGUCGCCUUGUGUUACGGCGUGGCGUCAUCCCGACCAUUUACCCACACAUGAUCCCCUCGACGGCAGAAAGCGGUUCCACUCCUCCGCCCAAGCGCCCUCGUCACGAGGAUUCCUUGAAGCAACGCAGUGUACGGACGAUUCCUUUUAUCAUGCGGUCACCGUUGGCCUAUGAAAAUGGGCUGGCAGUUUUGCCCGAUUCACUCAACACAGCGACUGUGGAUGUGGCGUACACCAAUAUGAAAUCGAAAAGGAAAGAUGUUCAAACACAAUGCGCCGUGCUUGUGUCUUUCAAAACAACUCAAGCGGAUAUUGGGCGCAUUAGGAGAUGCACACGGGUCCGAAUAAAGAAGUCAGUGAAAGAUUCUGAAUGCCAGACAGACUUAGAGUUGGCCGAUAUCUCACUUGUGGAGGAGAUGCAGCAGUGUUCGUCAAUGCCUUUGCAAUCAGACUCCUCUGACACACAAAGAUGACCGCUGUUAUAAAUCGUACAAGGCUACGCUAGAAAGCACAGCAGUGGAAGUUCCUGCAUUGGUCAUUUCAUGUGAACUCAUAGAGAAAGUUGUUAUAUAAAGUAUCCUCAUUUACAUUU